AUGAAGACGACAGGCGGCGAGUUACAGAGCGACGACGAGAGUGAUAUGGAGCAGUACGAGCUCACAGAAGACGAGGAAGAGCAGGAGCAUAAAGAUGUGCCUCUUCUUGACGCGAUAAAGCGUAGCAAGCGCAAGCGAAAGCGCUCAAUAACCCACAAAGACGAAGACGAGGACAUUGCGCGUCGACGUCGACGGCGUCGGUCGCUUGGUUUCCAGCAGAGACGACGAUCUUUAACAGCCAAUGAGAGAAAAGCAGCGGCUGCAGCAGGUGGUAGUGGAGGCAGUACAGCCACAACACACAGUAAACAGUACAUUAGUGACAUGUACUCAACCAUUAUUAAGAUGUCGUCGGAAAAUAAAAUUAACGUUAAAAAUUCAUGGUCGCUGCAUUUGAUCGACCAUAUGGAAGACAUUCUGGAUUCGAAUAAGAGAAAUGCUGCAGAUGGCGAUAAUGAUACCUAUAAUUUCCAAAAAGCAAGUUGUACACUUGAUGCAAGUAUUAAAAUCUACUCGUAUCGAGUGGAUGAUACAUGGAAUUCGUCGUAUAAGAUUCUCGAAAACUUGUCACGGACGGAGCAGAAACAUGGUGUGGAUGAUACAGGAAGUGAUGCUGAAGGUGGUGCCAAGAAGGCACGCAAGACGAGAAAAACACAUGCGCGAACGAUUGAAAAGAACUUGAACAAUAUCAACUUGAAAGCUUACGACAUGGAGUGCGAGGCUGAUCCACUCUUUCACAAGAUGUCUCAGUCAUUUGAUGAAGGAGGUGCAAAGGGAAUGUUACUGGCCAAUCUUAGCGUGUACGAUGGGUGCAAAAUCCUGUUGAAUUCAUCUGAUGUGAGUAUGGUAACACGGAAACAGAUUCAUAUGGAUGUAGGCAAGUCGAAGGAUGAACCUGACGAUAAAGAGAAACAGAAAUUGGAAAAGCCUACAAUUGCCACAACAACUGAUGCUGCUGUCGAUGUUUCUGACGAAAACGAUGUGGCUAAAGCUAAGAGUGACGGCAGUGAAGGGCAGAAAGAUGAAGGGAACGAUGAUGGAAAGGAGGGCGGUGGUAAAGAAAGUGAGGCUAUCGAAAGUAACCCUGCUGUCGAUAACAAAAGGUCAGACGAAGACAUUACGAUAGUGGAGGAACAUACAAAGGAGAAAGAAAUGUCGGCCGAAGAUGCUGAAUUUGAGGAGCCUGAGAACGAAUGUUCUAUUGAUGAUGUCACCACGGAGGAGGAAGUGAGCAAAGAAAAGAUUGUGGUUGCAGAGGAUGCCAUCGAGGAAAGCACCAAGUGUAAGGACACUGUUGAGAUAGUGAGCGACGAGGAAAGAAUUGACACACAUCCCGCUUUUACCGCGCGUAUUAGUCUGUCCCUGUUCGGUAGUAUGGCAUGUAUUGACCAGGACAUACAGAGCCUACGCGUAUGUCCUUCGUUGUACCGAAUGUACGAGCAACUGGACGAGUUCUACGGAGACGAGUCCCGCCACAAACUUGGUAUCAGGAACGACUUUUUGCUUACUACCCCAGUGAAAGGUCGGCGGCAGACGCUGGACAAGAAGGAUGUAGCUGGUAUAAAUCUAGCUGGCAUUAUGGAAGGUGCCAGUGAUGAUGAAUCAGAUGGAGAAGAUACAGCACAUGAUGUUUCAGUGGAAUUUGGUGAAGACGUUGCAGACUAUGAUGCUGAUGCGGGUACUGGCGGCACCGGCGGUGAAGCGGCAGAUGUAGUAGAAGUAGACACUGCUGCUGAUGUGGAUAUGGAAAAGGAAAACGAUAUUGUUGACCUGGCCCAAAGUGACGAGGAAGACCACGUUCCUGAUGAUUUUACUCAGAAUGGCACCGAAAGUGACUUACUACCGCUCGACAAGGAGUCGUCACUGAGAUCGACUGCUGUAGACUUCUUCCGCGCAAAGGUGAAUGAAAAUAUGCCCGAGGAUUACGAAAAUAACCUUUUUUUCCAGAUGAUUGAGUCUGCACUCGUCCGGUCUGUGACGAUUAAAGAAGAGCAGGGUGGUGAGGACCAAAACAGCAAGAAUGACUAUUCGUACUUUGAUGUAAAGAUGCUUCGCAAUUGGGCAGGCCCUGGGCACUGGAAGUUCCCUGCUGUUCGUAAAAUGCAAAUGAAACAGCGCCAUAAUGAGGAGACAGACAAGGAUGGUCUUGAAGGAGCAAACGGAGAGGUUGAUGAAGACGGUGUUGCGAUUAAGGCUGAACCGAAUGGACUUUUUGUUGACCGUGCUCAGAAGGGAAGCAGCGCUGGUGUGGAUAAAAAGACAGUUGUGAUGGUGGACUUCUUCGGAGAGGCACCUGAUGUAUCAAGGCUAAAGGCUCCGAAGUCUACUACUAGUUUGGAGGUGUCGAAAGGCAAUUUGAAGAAGCAAAUGGAGAACGCUUCUGAUCUGGUAUUGCCUGUGGACACGCAUAUUGAGCUCAGUCUCUUUUUCCGGCACUUUUUGAAAGAAAGGCCUCGGUUUUUUAGAAAGCGUGGCGGUAGUGGCGUUUCGGAUGGCGCUCGUCGAGAAAGCGCUUCAGCAGCGGACACUAAAUACAGAGAUGCGAGUGGUGACACGGCUGAUGAGAAGGACCGGAAGCAACCCUUUACGUAUAAUGAGGACAGUGCUGGCUUCGAGGGAGGGUAUGAUGACGAAGAUGAAGAAGAAGACGCCAGCGUGGCGGAUGAGACACAAGAGUUGUAUUCUGUGCAAGGUCUGGUUCAAGCUGAUCGUGUGGUCGAGAAAAUCGGCGUGCAUUACGAACGCUUUGCCAAACGCGUGGAUGUGAAGAAGUUGAAGGGCAGCAUUUGGGAACACCUGGAGAAAAAGUUUGACAAGGGUGAAGGAGAGACUGAUGAUGCUACUAAUGUUACACAAACCGACGUUGAUGCUAUGUCAGUCAAUGAGAGCGGUAAACGCUUUCGUGAACCGGAGACAAAUGAGCUCGAAGACAGUGAUAACACCUAUACGACUUUUGAAAACGUGGUCGAGAAUGUUGCGGGCAAGGUCCCUUCGAAUGUGACAGUCUCCUUCUACUUCAUUUGCGUCCUGCAUCUCGCUAAUGAGAAAGGUCUUGAAUUGGCCGGUCAAAAAGACCUGCGCAACUUUCGAAUUUGCAAAGAGGACGCAUGA